AUGUCUUCCUCGGGCCGUGGCCGUUUAGCGGGCAAGAAUGCCAUUAUUACCGGUGCUGCCGGUGGCAUUGGUCUCGAGACCAGUAUUUUAUUUGCAAAAGAAGGUGCCAAUGUCCUCCUUACCGAUAUCUCACAGGGGGCACUAGACAAGGCUGUCGCCAAAGUCAAACAGCUUGUGCCUAAUGCCGGCCGCGUUGAGUCAAAAAUCUCCGAUGUCUCCAAGGAGGCCGACGUUAAAGCUGCUGUUGAGUACCUCGAUUCUUGGGGCGGCCUUGACGUGAUCUUCAACAACGCCGGUAUCAUGCACGCGCGUGACGCCGACGCCCUCGACACCCCCGAGGAAAUCUGGGACCUGACACACAACAUCAACGUCAAGGGUGUCUGGUUCGGAUGCAAGCACGCCGUCCUCGCACUACGCCGUCACAAGAAGCAGCGUGGUAGCAUCAUCAACACCGCUUCUGUUGUCGCUCUCGUCGGUUCUGCCACCCCGCAGCUGGCUUACACCGCCAGCAAGGGCGCUGUUCUCGCCCUUACGAGGGAACUGGCGAUCGUCCAUGCCCGUGAAGGGUUCCGGUUCAACAGCUUGUGCCCGGCGCCUCUCAACACGCCACUGCUGCAGGACUGGUUAGGCGACGAUGCUGCCAAGCGUCAUCGCCGCGAGGUCCAUUUCCCGACUGGGCGGUUCGGCGAGGCCAUUGAGCAGGCCCAGGCUGUGGUAUUCCUGGCAAGUGAUGAGAGCAGCUUUGUCAACGGGUCGGAUUUUGUGGUGGAUGGUGGUAUGUCCAAGGCAUAUGUCACCCCUGAGGGCCCCGCUGCUGCAGCACCGUCCAACAAUGCGAACAAGGACAGCUUGGAGUAG